AUGAACAACAACAUCAUAAUAGCCAUAAUAGUGCUAAUCCUCCUCGGCAUAACGGGCCUCGUAUAUCUCUACUCGAUCCGCUGGCGAUCCCAAGCAAAAGCCCAACUUUUCGUUGCGCGGGCGAAAGCUCGGAAGAGACGGAUUUCGGAAUCUCAAGCCCAGCUCCAGCCUCAAGCUACCACCCCGAUUCAAGUCACUGUUGUGCGUGGUCCGUCUCGUGCUCCUUCACGGCGCCCUUCGCCGCGACCUUCUGCGUCUCAGCGUCCACCUCCACCGCCACCUACACGAGCGGCUUCGACGACGUCGAGACAGGGGCAGAGGGGGAGGGGUAGACAGAAUGAACGACAGGAUAAUCGGCGGGGGUCUGGUUCGGGGCCAUCGAGGAAUCAGUCCCGGGUGUCGAAGAAUAAGAGUAAGAAACAGAAGGGGCAACAACAGACUGGGCAGAUUGUGAACGGUGGUAAUGCGGUGGGUUCUGGAGGUGGAGAUCAGCCGGCACAGCAAGAGUGCUCUAAUCAAGGUCUGGCUGAGCAGGAUAAUGCGCAAUACACGGGGCCGCAGGAUGAACCAUCGCAGCCUGGACCAAUUGAUGACGAGUGGAGAGCUAGUAGUGAGGCUGUGGCGGGGAGUUCUGGAGGACCUACGUCUCCUAAUGAUGAUUGGCCUAACACGGGGGAUAAUGAAGGACCACAGGAGGCGACGCAGAGUGAAUGGAAAGCUAAUGAUGCGAUGGAGCAGAGGGAUAAUGGAGGACAACAGGAGGCGUCGCAGGGUACAUGGCACCCUAACGAUGCGAUGGAACAGAGGCCUGGGCAGCAGGAAAUGGAUCUAGGGAAUCAAAGCUGGUGA